AUGACAUCACCAGCUUUAACAGACACCACUGUAGAAAACACAAUGGACACACCAGCAACUGUAAGGAGAAAUAUCACUCCAGUGGCCUCAACAGUCUCAGUUAAACCUGGACUAGAGCAACAAUCAACCUUCCUCUCUUCCACCACUUCUACGGACGAAACAUCAGCAUCUUCUCAGGACCACCAGGCUCAGGGCGUGGAAACCACCAGAGAAACUCAAACCAACACCAUCACAGAUGCGACCACGUCCACUCCCUCAUCACCCCCACGGGGAUCCACUCUUACAGAAGGCACUCCCCAGGAGACAUCCUCUUCAGGUCAAACAAUCACUUCUUCCCCAGCCAGGCUGAGCCACACACCUGCGACAACAUCAGAAAUGUUGGCAACACCAACCUCAACAGACAGAAAUUUCUCCCCAUCUACUGGAAGCAACACAUCUCCUACAACAUCAGACAUGAUGACAUCACCAGCUUCAACAGACACCACUGUAGAAAACACAAUGGACACACCAGCAACUGUAAGGAGAAAUAUCACUCCAGUGGCCUCAACAGUCUCAGUUAAACCUGGACUAGAGCAACAAUCAACCUUCCUCUCUUCCACCACUUCUACUGACGAAACAUCAGCAUCUUCUCAGGACCACCAGGCUCAGGGCGUGGAAACCACCAGAGAAACUCAAACCAACACCAUCACAGAUGUGACCGCGUCCACUCCCUCAUCACCCGCACGGGGAUCCACUCUUACAGAAGGCACUCCCCAGGAGACAUUCUCUUCAGGUCAAACAAUCACUUCUUCCCCAGCCAGGCUGAGCCGCACACCUGCGACAGCAUCAGAAAUGUUGGCAACACCAACCUCAACAGACAGAAAUUUCUCCCCAUCUACUGGAAGCAACACAUCUCCUACAACAUCAGACAUGAUGACAUCACCAGCUUCAACAGACACCACUGUAGAAAACACAAUGGACACACCAGCAACUGUAAGGAGAAAUAUCAGUCCAGUGGCCUCAACAGUCUCAGUUAAACCUGGACUAGAGCAACAAUCAACCUUCUUCUCUUCCACCACUUCUACUGACGAAACAUCAGCAUCUUCUCAGGACCACCAGGCUCAGGGCGUGGAAACCACCAGAGAAACUCAAACCAACACCAUCACAGAUGUGACCGCGUCCACUCCCUCAUCACCCCCACGGGGAUCCACUCUUACAGAAGGCACUCCCCAGGAGACAUCCUCUUCAGGUCAAACAAUCACUUCUUCCCCAGCCAGGCUGAGCCGCACACCUGCGACAACAUCAGAAAUGUUGGCAACACCAACCUCAACAGACAGAAAUUUCUCCCCAUCUACUGGAAGCAACACAUCUCCUACAACAUCAGACAUGAUGACAUCACCAGCUUCAACAGACACCACUGUAGAAAACACAAUGGACACAUCAGCAACUGUAAGGAGAAAUAUCACUCCAGUGGCCUCAACAGUCUCAGUUAAACCUGGACUAGAGCAACAAUCAACCUUCCUCUCUUCCACCACUUCUACUGACGAAACAUCAGCAUCUUCUCAGGACCACCAGGCUCAGGGCGUGGAAACCACCAGAGAAACUCAAACCAACACCAUCACAGAUGUGACCGCGUCCACUCCCUCAUCACCCCCACGGGGAUCCACUCUUACAGAAGGCACUCCCCAGGAGACAUCCUCUUCAGGUCAAACAAUCACUUCUUCCCCAGCCAGGCUGAGCCGCACACCUGCGACAACAUCAGAAAUGUUGGCAACACCAACCUCAACAGACAGAAAUUUCUCCCCAUCUACUGGAAGCAACACAUCUCCUACAACAUCAGACAUGAUGACAUCACCAGCUUCAACAGACACCACUGUAGAAAACACAAUGGACACAUCAGCAACUGUAAGGAGAAAUAUCACUCCAGUGGCCUCAACAGUCUCAGUUAAACCUGGACUAGAGCAACAAUCAACCUUCCUCUCUUCCACCACUUCUACUGACGAAACAUCAGCAUCUUCUCAGGACCACCAGGCUCACGGCGUGGAAACCACCAGAGAAACUCAAACCAACACCAUCACAGAUGUGACCGCGUCCACUCCCUCAUCACCCCCACGGGGAUCCACUCUUACAGAAGGCACUCCCCAGGAGACAUCCUCUGCAGGUCAAACAAUCACUUCUUCCCCAGACAGGCUGAGCCGUACACCUGCGACAACAUCAGAAAUGUUGGCAACACCAAACUCAACAGACAGAAAUUUCUCCCCAUCUACUGGAAGCAACACAUCUCCUACAACAUCAGACAUGAUGACAUCACCAGCUUCAACAGACACCACUGUGGAAAACACAAUGGACACAUCAGCAACUGUAAGGAGAAAUAUCAGUCCAGUGGCCUCAACAGUCUCAGUUAAACCUGGACUAGAGCAACAAUCAACCUUCCUCUCUUCCACCACUUCUACGGACGAAACAUCAGCAUCUUCUCAGGACCACCAGGCUCAGGGCGUGGAAACCACCAGAGAAACUCAAACCAACACCAUCACAGAUGUGACCGCGUCCACUCCCUCAUCACCCCCACGGGGAUCCACUCUUACAGAAGGCACUCCCCAGGAGACAUCCUCUUCAGGUCAAACAAUCACUUCUUCCCCAGCCAGGCUGAGCCGCACACCUGCGACAACAUCAGAAAUGUUGGCAACACCAACCUCAACAGACAGAAAUUUCUCCCCAUCUACUGGAAGCAACACAUCUCCUACAACAUCAGACAUGAUGACAUCACCAGCUUCAACAGACACCACUGUAGAAAACACAAUGGACACAUCAGCAACUGUAAGGAGAAAUAUCACUCCAGUGGCCUCAACAGUCUCAGUUAAACCUGGACUAGAGCAACAAUCAACCUUCCUCUCUUCCACCACUUCUACUGACGAAACAUCAGCAUCUUCUCAGGACCACCAGGCUCAGGGCGUGGAAACCACCAGAGAAACUCAAACCAACACCAUCACAGAUGUGACCGCGUCCACUCCCUCAUCACCCCCACGGGGAUCCACUCUUACAGAAGGCACUCCCCAGGAGACAUCCUCUUCAGGUCAAACAAUCACUUCUUCCCCAGCCAGGCUGAGCCGCACACCUGCGACAACAUCAGAAAUGUUGGCAACACCAACCUCAACAGACAGAAAUUUCUCCCCAUCUACUGGAAGCAACACAUCUCCUACAACAUCAGACAUGAUGACAUCACCAGCUUCAACAGACACCACUGUAGAAAACACAAUGGACACAUCAGCAACUGUAAGGAGAAAUAUCACUCCAGUGGCCUCAACAGUCUCAGUUAAACCUGGACUAGAGCAACAAUCAACCUUCCUCUCUUCCACCACUUCUACUGACGAAACAUCAGCAUCUUCUCAGGACCACCAGGCUCAGGGCGUGGAAACCACCAGAGAAACUCAAACCAACACCAUCACAGAUGUGACCGCGUCCACUCCCUCAUCACCCCCACGGGGAUCCACUCUUACAGAAGGCACUCCCCAGGAGACAUCCUCUUCAGGUCAAACAAUCACUUCUUCCCCAGCCAGGCUGAGCCGCACACCUGCGACAACAUCAGAAAUGUUGGCAACACCAACCCCAACAGACAGAAAUUUCUCCCCAUCUACUGGAAAUAACACAUCUCCUACAACAUCAGAGAUGAUGACAUCACCAGCUUCAACGGACACCACUGUAGAAAACACAAUGGACACACCAGCAACUGUAAGGAGAAAUAUCACUCCAGUGGCCUCAGCAGUCUCAGUUAAACCUGGACUAGAGCAACAAUCAACCUUCCUCUCUUCCACCACUUCUACUGACGAAACAUCAGCAUCUUCUCAGGACCACCAGGCUCAGGGCGUGGAAACCACCAGAGAAACUCAAACCAACACCAUCACAGAUGUGACCGCGUCCACUCCCUCAUCAUCCCCACGGGGAUCCACUCUUACAGAAGGCACUCCCCAGGAGACAUCCUCUUCAGGUCAAACAAUGACUUCUUCCCCAGCCAGGCUGAGCCGCACACCUGCGACAACAUCAGAAAUGUUGGCAACACCAACCUCAACAGACAGAAAUUUCUCCCCAUCUACUGGAAGCAACACAUCUCCUACAACAUCAGACAUGAUGACAUCACCAGCUUCAACAGACACCACUGUAGAAAACACAAUGGGCACAUCAGCAACUGUAACGAGAAAUAUCACUCCAGUGGCCUCAACAGUCUCAGUUAAACCUGGACUAGAGCAACAAUCAACCUUCCUCUCUUCCACCACUUCUACUGACGAAACAUCAGCAUCUUCUCAGGACCACCAGGCUCCGGGCGUGGAAACCACCAGAGAAACUCAAACCAACACCAUCACAGAUGUGACCGCGUCCACUCCCUCAUCACCCCCACGGGGAUCCACUCUUACAGAAGGCACUCCCCAGGAGACAUCCUCUUCAGGUGAAACAACCUCUUCUUCGCCAGCCACGGUGAGCCGCCCACCUGCAACAACGUCAGAAAUAUUGACAGCACAUAUCUCAGCAGACAGAAAUUUCUCCCCAUCUCCUGGAAGUGACACAUCUCCUACAACAUCAGAGAUGAUCAAUUCACCAGCUUCAGCAGACACCCUGAGUCAUGCAGCCUCUCGUUCUCCUUCCACAAUUUUGUCCACAAUUGGAGAAGUUCUGCCAACAACCCCAGGCUCAUUCACCCAUGAAAAUACAACUGCUGGGGUCAUUCCCACUGUAGGUUCUGAAAAUAACUCCUUCACAAAUACCACACAAGUCCCUACUUCCUCAGUGCGUGAGUCAAGCACACCGACCUCUGAGCAUCUUGCAGCUGUUCAGACAGUAGCCUCUACUAUGCAUCCUAUUACAAAGCCAACAGAUAUGGUUUCUACAAGUAAUCAUAACAGUGUAGCUGGUUCCACACCAACUUCACCGUUUCCACCGACAAGUUACGUUUCCAUCAAUACCACUCCUGACACUUCUUCAGCAUAUAAGUAUUCUAAGAGUCCGUUGCUUACUCUACCGCCAUCCACAGACUAUUCUGUCUCUGACUCUACUUCUUCUAGUAAUGUGGGCACAGCUCAGACCAUAUCGAGUUUCUAUACUUCAGCCAGUAAUUCUUCAUUCUCUCAAUCAGCCCCUGGCCCUGCAGUCACCUGGAGCUCCACCACCGUAUUCACAGGUCACCCCACUCAUCUGUCUGUUACCAGCACUUCUCCACCAUCCACAACAUCCUUAAGCUCCGCCAUGAAGACUGAGACAUCAGGAACAAUCGUACCCUCACAGAAGACAGACAGUGGGAGAAGCACAGCAACAUCACUACCCUCAACAACCUCCCAGACCCUUACCACGUCCACUGCUGGCACUUCCAGAGUCACCUGUUCAACAGCUGCCCCAGUCCCUAUCAAGCCCAAGAAAGGCGUUUCCCUCUUCCCCUAUGGGCUGUGUGCUGGAGACCAGGAGUUUGUGAAGAGGACUGUGGACUUCACCUCGCCACUCUUCAAACCCCAGAUUGGCUUCCCCCUCGGCUCCUUUCUCCGAGAUUCCCUCUAUUUCACAGAUAAUGGCCAAAUCAUUUUUCUGGAGUCAGAGUACCAGAUUUUCUCCUACCCCAACCCUCCCCUUAGAGGCUUUACAGCCUGGGAUCCUGUGGCCCUGGUGGCUCCAUUCUGGGACGAUGCUGAUUUCUCCAGCAGCCGGGGAACCAUAUUUUACCAGGAAUACGAGACUCUCUAUGAUGAAUACAACCUGCUAGUGAGGGAGGUGGAGUCUUGGAUUAAAAGGUUAACAAACACCUGGAACUACAAAGCCAGGUGGACGCUAAAGGUCACGUGGGUCCACGUUCCCCCCUAUCCUGCCUGGGGAACCAUCGGGACCAACACCUACCAGGCCAUCCUUUCCACAGACGGGAGCAGGUCCUACGCCAUGUUUCUCUACCAAAGCGGCGGUAUGCAGUGGGAUGUGACCCGGCGCCCAGGCAACCCCGUCCUGAUGGGCUUCUCCAGUGGAGAUGGGUAUUUCAAAAAUAGCCCGUUGACAUUCCAGCCAGUGUGGAAAAAGUAUCGUCCAGACCAGUUCCUGGAUUCCAGCUCAGGCCUCCGAGGGCUGCAAAUCUACAAGCUACACAAGGAAGAAAAGCCCAACUACCGUCUCCAGUGCCUGCAGUGGUUGAAGAGACAGUCUCAGUGGCCCAGCUGGGGCUGGAACCAGAUCUCCUGCCCGUGUUCCUGGAGUCAGGGACUAUGGGACUUGAGAUUCCAGCCCAUCAACAUAGCCUGGUCGGGCCUUGGCAGCAGGCAGCUGUGCAGCUUCUCUUCCUGGCGAGGGGGCGUGUGCUGCAGCUACGGACCCUGGGGAGAGCUUCUCCAAGGCUGGAGAGUGCAGAGUCCUUGGCAGUUUGACCAAGAACUGGAGCCGCAGAAUUGGUGUUGCAGUUUCAACGACAAGCCCUCCUUCUGUGCCCUGUACCAGCUCAGGAGGCCCCGCGUCAGCUGCGCUGGGUACCAGCCCCCGAGGCCAGCCUGGAUGUUUGGGGACCCCCACAUCACCACCUUGGAUGGUGCCAAUUACACCUUCAAUGGGCUGGGAGACUUCCUGCUGGUCCGGACCCGGGAUAGAAACUCCUCCUUCCUGCUGCAGGGCCGCACUGCCCAGACCGGCUCGGCCCAGGCCACCAACUUCAUUGCCUUCGCCGCUGAAUACAACUCCAGCAGCCUGGACCCCAUCACGGUUCAAUGGCUCCUUGAGCCCAGUGACACAAUCCACGUUCGGCUCAACAACCAGACUGUAACAUUUGAUACUAACCGUGAAGGUGCAAAAGGCCAGGAGAUGUUCAACACCUCUGGAGUUGUAAUGACCCGCAAUGGCUCCACGGUAUCAGCCAACUUUGAUGGGGCAGUGACCAUCUCAGUGAUCGCUCUCUCCAACAUCCUCCACGCGUCCUGCAGCCUCUCAGAGGAGUAUCAGAACCACACAGAGGGCCUCAUGGGCUUCUGGAACGGCAACCCAGAUGACGACUUCAGAAUGCCCAAUGGCUCCACCCUUCCCCCAGGGAGCUCUGAGGAGAUGCUUUUUCACUAUGGAAUGGCCUGGGAAAUCAACGGAACAAGCCUUUUUGGCAAGAGGGACGACCAUUUGCCUUCCAACUUCACCCCUGUCUUCUUUUCACAACUGCCGGGAAACAAAUCUUUGAAUGAAAAUUUGACCUCCAAGUGUAACGGAGAUAGACUCUGCAUCUACGAUGCCCUAGCCACAGGAAACAAAAGCCUUGGACUGUACACUGGGAUGCUCUUUAGAAGAUACCAGCAGAUGAACACCACCCUGAAUCAGUACCCCCCGUCUAUUGAGGGUCCUGAUGUGAUCGAAGCCUACAUGGGACAGGCCAAGGUGAUUAAUUACACCAGCAGCACUAAGGACGUCACAUUCACUCUCAGAAACAACUACACUGACUUCAAGCUCUUUGAGAAUGGGACAUUGCUAUGGACACCAAAGUUGCUGGGACCAUUUACUCUGGAGAUUCUAGCAAGAAGUGCCAAGGACAACUUGUCAUCUGUACUCAAGCCAAGGACAGUGGUCUGUGCGUGCAAGGCAGAGAGCCAGUGUUUAUACAACCAGACCAGCUAUGUGGGCGAUUCCUCCCUGGAGGUGGCCGACUGCAAGUGUGACGGGAACGCCACAGGCCGCUACUGCAACCGCACCAAGGACCCCUGUGACGAGCAGUGCUUCCGGAAUGUGAAGUGCAUUUCCGGGAAGGGCUGCGAGGCCUGCCCCCCGAACCUGACUGGGGAUGGACGUCACUGUGCACCUCUGGAGAGCCCCUUCCUCUGUCAGAACAAGUCCUGCCCUGAGAAUUACUGCUACAACGACGGCCACUGCUACCUCUCCCAGGCUCUGGCCUGCCAGCCCGCCUGCACCUGCCCCCCAGCCUUCACCGACACCCGCUGCCUCCUGGCUGGGAACAAUUUCACUCCAACCGUCCGUCGAGAGCUUCCCUUGAGGAUCAUCCAUCUCUCACUCAUUGAAGACGAAGGUGCCUCCCAAGCAGAUGUCAAUGCCUCGGUGGCCUAUAGACUGAGGAACCUGGAUGUGCGUGCCUUUCUCCGGAACAGACAAGUGGAUCGAAUUGAACCCCCAAUAGCACUGGCCUCAGGAAGCUUCCUUCACCGCUGGAGCAUCAUCUCGGAGUUCCAGUACCGCCCUGGGGGCCCUGUCAUCGACUUCCUGAAUACCCAGCUGCUAGACGCAGUGGUGGAGGCGUUCUUAACUCCCUGGAGGAGGUGGAAGAGAAGUGUGGGGCCCAGGAACAACGUGACCUUCCACCCCAUCUACAGGAGGGACGUGUACAGUAUGAUGGCUCUGAAUGUGAGCAUGCUGGAAACUUACUUCCAAUGCAGCGGAUACAAGGGCUACCAUCUGGUCUUCCGCCCCCAGAGCGGCUUCACCUGCGUGUCCCCCUGCAGUGAGGGCUACUGUGAAAACGGAGGCCAGUGCCAGCACCUGCCCGAUGGGCCCCGCUGCAGCUGUGAGCCCUUCUCCAUCUACACGCCCUGGGGCAAGCGCUGUGAGCACCUGAGUUUGAAACUCGGCGCCUUCUUCGGGAUCCUUUUCGGGGCCCUGGGCGCCCUCCUGCUGCUGGGGGUCUUGCUGUUUGUGUUCCUGCACUUCUGGGGCUGCUUCGGGAGCCGUUUCUCCUACCUGCUGGGCUCCGAAAGCUGAGGCUUUCGAACGGGCUGCGGUGGUUUAUGAUACCUCAGGAGCUACCCCAGCCUCACCUGCACACACUUCCAGGCGUCAUGGUUUAGGGAGCCUGGAAAAAGUAAGGUGACUGAUGCGUACACAGGAUUCUUUAAGAAGAAUGAAUAAUGGGAAUGAAUAAUAAAGACCACACCUUGUCAGAACAGGAGACACAGAGGCUGAAAGGAAGAGGCCAUAAAGGCCUACUACAUAAAUAGAUGGAUUCUCACACAAACAUACCCACACAGAGGACACUGACCUACAGAAACACUACGUGCACACACCAGAGUUGAUGGGGUGAUGGCUCUAAAUUAAAAACCAAAAUACAUUUGCACACAAAAGUCUCCAGUUUACUUCUAAUUAAAGUUUAUUUAA